GCGCUGCUGUUAUAUGCCGUUUGGCUCCGUUAACGAGUGGAUGCAGUGCAGUAGUUAUGAGAUCUGCUAUCAGGUUGAUUUGCUUGAGGGAGAAGUGGCGCUUAUCUGACAGCGUCUCUGGUUAAAGUGGAGGAGCAGGUGUGUGUGUGUGUGUGUGUGAGUGAGUGUGUGUUACCUGUCGGUGGAGGAGAGGCUGAGAGUGAAGGUAUGGAGAGAGUCGGGGGUUCAGCAGCAGCAGCAGUAGCAGCAGCAGGGGUGUGUGCGCUCCUCUGUGCGGAGGAGAGCUGAUGCUGUGGUGGACCUUCAGUUCAGCGCCGCAGCGGAGGCUCGCGCUCUCAGAGCUCAGAGAGAAAGGCGGGAAAAAACCGGCCGGAGCGCGAGCGCUGCCAGAGUCCCAGGGGUCUGUGAAUUCUGUAGUGAAGGUCACUCUUGCUAGGCCAUUGAUUGCCUAAUAUACCACUGCAUUCUCAGACACAGCACUCCACUGACCUGAACUCACAGAUGACCGACCUUAUGUUUUCGAAACCGCAGAGAAUGAUCACUUUACCUUGGGACCUCCUCCCCCAGGGCAGGUGUACUGGUGAUUCCAUUCACUUUGUACGGCCCUUUCAUACUGACCACAUGCUGCAGUAACUGCACCACGACUGACAGACCGCCCACACUCCUGCUUGCUUGUCUUCUUAUAUACCUUAACCUUGCAUUGUCAUGGCGAGGAACUCGAUGUGGCACAGCUGCCUUUUUAUGCUGACAGUGGUGACCUGCUCCAUCACCCAGCGCCCAGACCCCCUCACCCCCCCAACUCCUGAAUACGCUCAUUCCGUUAGACUAGAUGGUGACAUUAUCCUGGGAGGCCUCUUCCCAGUCCAUGCCCGAGGGGAGCGUGGUGCCCCCUGCGGUGAGCUGAAGAAGGAAAAAGGCAUACAUCGUUUAGAGGCCAUGCUAUUCGCCAUUGACCUCAUCAACAAGGACCCUGACCUGCUGCCCAACAUCACACUGGGUGCUCGCAUCCUGGACACCUGUUCACGGGACACCUAUGCUCUGGAGCAGUCGCUCACCUUUGUGCAGGCACUUAUUGAGCGUGACCCUUUAGAUGUGCGCUGCGCUGGUGGAGAGCAACCCAGCUUUGCUAAGCCAGACAAGAUUGUGGGUGUGAUCGGCGCUUCCUCAAGUUCCGUCUCCAUCAUGGUGGCCAACAUCCUGCGGCUGUUUAAGAUCCCUCAGAUUAGCUAUGCAUCCACUGCGCCGGAGCUGAGCGACAAUACCCGAUACGACUUCUUCUCCCGAGUGGUGCCACCUGACUCCUACCAGGCUCAGGCCAUGCUGGACAUCGUCACGGCCAUGAGCUGGAACUACGUCUCCACACUGGCCUCCGAGGGGAACUAUGGAGAAAGUGGCGUGGAGGCCUUUGUUCAGAUCUCCCGGGAAACUGGUGGUGUAUGUAUUGCACAGUCUCUGAAAGUCCCUCGAGAACCCAGACCAGGAGAGUUUGACAAGAUCAUCUUGCGACUGCUGGAAACCCCUAAUGCUCGUGCCAUCAUCAUGUUCGCAAAUGAGGACGACAUCAGACGCAUCCUCAAUGCAGCCAAGAGAAACAAUCUAACAAAUCAUUUCCUCUGGGUGGGGUCGGACAGCUGGGGCUCGAAGAUCUCCCCCGUCGUUCAGCAGGAGAAAGUGGCCGAGGGGGCCAUCACCAUCCUGCCUAAAAGAGCUUCGGUUGAUGCAUUUGACAGAUACUUCAAAAGCCGUUCCUUAUCCAACAACCGGAGGAACGUGUGGUUUGCUGAGUUCUGGGAGGAGAACUUUGGAUGCAAGCUGGGGAUGCAUGGCAAACGUCCUGGCAGCCCGAAGAAGUGUACAGGUUUGGAGAAAGUAGGAAGGGACUCCAGCUAUGAGCAGGAGGGGAAGGUUCAGUUCGUGAUGGAUGCUGUGUAUGCCAUGGCUCAUGCUCUUCACCGCAUGCACAGAGACUUGUGCUCAGGAUACCCGGGACUUUGCCCUCGAAUGAGCACCAUUGACGGCAAGGAGCUGCUAGGUUACAUCCGAAAUGUCAGUUUUAAUGGAAGCGCCAAGACCCCUGUAACGUUCAAUGAGAAUGGAGAUGCUCCUGGGCGAUAUGACAUCUUCCAGUAUCAGAUUUCUAAUGGAUCAAUAGCUGAGUACAGAGUCAUCGGCCAGUGGACUGAUCACCUUCAUUUAAAUAUGGAUGCACUUCAGUGGGUGAGCGGUGAUUCAUCCGUGCCCGCCUCGGUCUGCAGCCUGCCCUGCCGGACGGGCGAGCGGAAGAAGGUGGUGAAGGGAGUGCCCUGCUGUUGGCACUGCGAGCGCUGCGAGGGCUACCACUAUCAGGCCAGCGAGUUCACCUGUCAGCUCUGUCCGUACGAGCAGCGCCCGGACCACAACCGCACCGGCUGCCAGCCCAUCCCCAUCAUCAAGCUGGAGUGGCACUCCCCCUGGGCUGUGGUGCCCGUGUUUAUUGCCAUUCUGGGCAUCAUCGCCACUACUUUUGUGAUAGCUACCUUCGUACGCUAUAACGACACCCCGAUCGUACGUGCCUCUGGCAGGGAGAUGAGUUACGUGCUGUUGACUGGAAUAUUCCUCUGCUAUAUCAUCACCUUUCCCAUGAUUGCAACCCCUGGAGUGUCUGUGUGCUCCUUCCGCAGGAUCUUCCUAGGCCUCGGCAUGUGCUUCAGCUAUGCUGCCCUGCUCACAAAGACCAACCGCAUCCACCGCAUCUUUGAGCAGGGUAAGUGUUCGGUGGCUGCUCCCCGCUUCAUCAGCCCAGCCUCGCAGCUGGUCAUCACCUUCAGCCUGAUCUCUGUGCAGCUGAUGGGUGUACUGGUGUGGUUUAUCGCUGACCCCCCACACACGAUCGUGGAUUACGGAGAGCAGCGCACGCAGGACCCUGAAAAUGCCCGAGGAGUGCUCAAAUGUGACAUAUCUGAUCUCUCGCUCAUCUGUUCACUGGGCUAUAGUAUUCUAUUGAUGGUAACAUGCACUGUUUAUGCCAUCAAGACCAGAGGAGUACCAGAGACCUUCAACGAGGCCAAGCCUAUUGGAUUUACUAUGUACACCACCUGCAUCAUAUGGCUUGCCUUCAUACCCAUUUUCUUUGGGACAGCACAGUCUGCAGAGCGGAUGUACAUCCAGACGACCACCCUGACCGUGUCUUUGAGCCUGAGUGCGUCGGUGUCUCUGGGGAUGCUCUACAUGCCCAAAGUCUAUAUAAUCAUCUUCCAUCCAGAGCAAAAUGUGCCCAAACGCAAGCGUAGCUUCAAGGCUAUUGUCACAGCCGCCACAAUGUCCAGCAAGCUCAGCCAACUGGCCAGCGAGAGGCCAAAUGGAGAGGUGAAAACUGAGCUCUGUGAGAGUGUGGACAACAGCACACCGCCCACAAAGACAACCUACGUCAGCUAUACUAAUCACGCCAUAUGAAGAUGCAUUCCUGAGAAGAAGAUUCUAAAAUGUUUACAUGAGGCAUGGAUUAAAGGCACUGACUGGAACUAAAGCAUGACACUAUGAUGUUGUUCGUGGUAAGAGGACGACUGUUUGGACUGAGACAUGAGUCGUUUUUUCUAACAUUUAAACUGUGUGGCCAUGCAGCAGUCAGACAGAAGAGCACAAGUUGCUACUGGUGUAGCAGCAAAAGAGAAGUGUUAUAUCAGUGGAAACAAAGAACAAGAGAAAAUAAUAUAUAUAUAUUAAAAAAAAAAAAACUAAGAAAACAAAGGAAAACUAUUGGAGUCAACCAUGUUAGUCGUUAUUCUAAUUGUAAGUAUUUUGUGGUCGUGCAGAUUUUUUAAUUCUUGUUCCACAGUGUCAGAUCUGCAUUUGAAAAAUGCAUUCGUCUCUUGUAUCGGCUACUCUGGUCAAUUAGCCCUGGGUUGUAAGUGUGUAUAUGCCAUGGUUGAAGCAUGCCAAUUUUUAUACAAAUAAUUUAUUUAUAAUAAAGGAAUGUUUUUGAAAUGUG